AAUCUGUCUUUUUAAUUUUUCAGGUUGCUGACUGCUAUGAUGGAGAUGAAGAGACUGACAACAGAAUCCAUCACAUUUUUAAUGAUGAAAGAGAAAAGCAAAUACAGCUACUCCAAAGAAAAACCUAUGUUUAAUGUUGAUGAAAAAAGGGAGAAGCAUUUUUCUAUACCAGAACGUUCUGUUUUGAAAAUAAGUGAUACUCCUCAGUCUGUUAUAUUUUACAACUCAUUGGCGCAUAAGCGAGAUACUGUGGUGAGUGUCUAUGUUGACUCCCCAUUUGUUAUUGUCAGAGAUCCUAGGGGAAAGAUCAUUCCUUCACAGAUUGACUUGUUCUGGACUGACCGGGAUUCUGUCUCCACAGACGUCUACAAGGUGUCAUUUGUGAUGGCCAUCCAAGCAUUGGGCAUUUGCCAAUACACAAUCGAGAAAACACACAAACUGUCCACAAAAAAAGCUGUGCCAUCGGAGAUAACAUUUUACAACUCAAACAUGAACAUGGAACAUUCCAGUUCAGUGUUCACAAUAAAGAAGUCCCCAUCAAAGCCGUUCAGUCUUGAGAACUAUUACAUGAAGGCUGGCUUCAGCCAGGCAACAGGGCUGUUACAAAACAUCACAUUUAAAGCAGAGGGUAUUACACACCCAGUCAGCAUCAAAUUUGUAACAUAUGGCACUCGAAAAUCUUCUGAAAAGAGUGGUGCUUAUCUAUUCCUGCCAGAUGGUGAAGGUCGAGAAGUAACAAUUGUCGACCCAUUCAUUCAUGUCAUUCAAGGCACUGUUGUGUCUGAAGUGAGUGUCUUUGUGGAAAAUGUAGAGCAUGUUGUGAGGUUAUAUAAUUCACCAGGUGCAGACAGUUUGUCACUGGACAUCUACAAUAUAGUGGACAUUAGAGACAAGCUGAACUUUGAGAUGGCCAUGAGGGUGUGUAGUGAUAUUAAGAGUGAGGACAACUCUUUCCACACUGACCUAAAUGGUUUCCAGAUGCACCGGCGUAAAACAUACAGCAAGUUGCCUUUGCAGGCCAACUACUAUCCCAUGCCAACUGCUAUGUUUGUGGAGAAUUCUCAGAAACGAUUAAACAUCUUGUCUGGUCAGUCACUUGGAGCUGCCUAUCUGAAGCCUGGUGAGAUGGAAGUGAUGUUGGACCGUCGCCUCAACCAAGAUGAUAGCCGAGGUCUGGGCCAGGGUGUGCUUGAUAACAAACAGACCCCUAACAAAUUCCGGCUUCUUCUUGAAAUAAGAAAGAUUUCCCCUCUUCUUGAAAUGAAGAACCAAGUAAAACCUCUCUCAUUGCUGGCCCAUCUCACUUCAUUGCACCUCAUCCACCCACUGUAUGUGUCACCAAGGAAUCCCGACAGUAGUAAUAUUGAUCUUCAGCUGUUACCUUCCUUCUCUUCUACCCUUGAUGGCAGUAGCAGUGGUCUGACAUGUGAUGUGCAUCUGUUGAACCUACGCACUUUGCAGAACAAGGAUGAUGACCCCAGCCUAAAAUUUGUGCCACAGAACAGUGCUGCACUCAUCUUGCACCGCUUCUCAUUUGACUGUGAUUUCCCCAACCUGGGACUCAGUUGCACAAUUGGAAAUGGAAAGGUGGACUUGAACUCUUUAUUCAAAGAUAUAAAACUGAAGGACAUUCGCAGCACAUCUCUGUCUUUGCUGUAUGAGAGUAACUCCUCUCUCUCUCAGUCUCACCUCUUCAUCAAACCAAAUGACAUAAGUGCCUUCAAGAUCACACCAUAUUAAGCUGAUCAAUCGAUUCACUGCACUGACACACUGAUUCUCUGGCCAAAGGAAUUGAUCCACUUACUGAAUGGAAUCAACAACAGAACUGUUAUUCUGGAAUGACCAUGUGGUUGCUCAUCUUACUAGAAAUAACAGUGAAAUUCCCUGUUUCUCCUGUAAAUAUUACACUGUACCAUCCGUAAACUAAAAGAUAAAAACAAUAUGCCUAGAAUUUUAAAAAAUGGGAUGGUCAUGACUGGAAUACCUUUGAAUAGGUUGGACCUUAGGGUUUAAGCAAUAACUAGAAUGACUGACUGUCUGACCAUCAUUGUUGAAGUAGUUUAAAUAAUGGUGGCAGUAGUGGUGGAGGUUUAGACUGCUACUGGCUCUGCAACCACCACCACCACUAUGACCACAACCACUGCUGUCACUGUGUCCAUCCCUCCCAGUGCCACCUGGUGACAAGAGAGCCUCUAUGUGAUCACCCGACAUGCUAGAAAUAGCAGCAAAAAAGUGAAAGACAAAUUGGAUAAUGCAGUCCACAGGACAUAGUGCCUAGAAAAUGAAUAAAUGGGAUGGUUAUAGCCGGAAACUAAUAAAUGGGAUGACCAUAACCUUUAAUCAUGAAUAGAUAUGCUCAAUCAAAGCUGACAUUGGGCUAAAGCCAUUACAGCAACAACAACAACUAAAACUACUACUACUAACUAUCAUUGUUGAUGGUGGUGGUGGUGGUGGUGGAGCAUAAAGUAACCUGUUACUCCCUCCCUUUCUCCAUGCAUUUGUUUCCUUCUUGCUCCACACCUCCAUCACCCUCCAUCCACUCAAUCACCCAACCACAAACUGAGAACACUUCACCUGUCCCUUUCAAUUGGUCACCACCACCACCACCUUUCAACACUAUAUAAGUCAACGGGAGUGGGAGGGGGACAUACUUCCCCAACGCUACAUUUUGGCUUGUUAGAAAUAGAAGUCAAAUUGCCCUUGAAUCACAACUUGUCUUAAAAAAAGUGACCACCACUACCACUACGAGACAAAACAAUGUAUGUCUUUAGAUAUUACGCUCUAUUGCUUGAAAUAGCAGCCAAAUUUCCCUUAAAUCACAAUCCUAGUUUUAAAAAAGAGACUUCAACUUUGAAUCAAAGCCUGCCACGACCACCAAAUAAGUCAUAUUUCACUUAGAUUUAAAAAACAAAUGAAGACAAUUGUGUUACUGUUAUUUAUUGCUGCUGCUGCUGUUGCGUAUGUGAUGAUUGUGAAGGUCAAAGUUUGAGAUUCUAUGGUGGUGGUGGUGGUGGUGGUGGUGGUUGUGGUGGUGGUGGUGGUGGUGGCGGUGGUGGUGGUGGCUAAAAGAGAAUUUUCUUUGAUUGUCACAAAUGUUUACUUGGUUUUUUUUUAAACCAUAUAUUUGAAUUUGAAUAUUUUCACGUGUAUGUAUCUGUGCAUGUAAUCAGAGGUGUAUAUGAUGCCACAUGCUUCAUACUGCUAGUGUUUAAUGCAGUUCUAUGUGAUUGGUAAUAAAAUAAAAAAAUU